AUGGCCGAGUCUGUUGUUUCGUUCGCGGGGCAGACAAUAGGAAAGUUGCUCAUCGACGAGGCCAAAUUCUUGUGGGGCGUAGAGGGCAAGAUCCAAGACCUGCAAAUUGAGCUGAAGCAGAUCCAGGGCUUCCUGAAGGAUGCGGACACAAGACGAGAGCACGACCAAGCUGUUGGAGAAUGGAUCGCACAACUCCAAGACAUUGCCUAUGAUGCCGAGGAUGUCCUCGAGCGAUACAUCCUCAGAGUCGCAACGAAGAAGGAACAAAACAUCGUCAAAUCGUACGCUUGCUUCGUGGCGAAGUGCACAUGCGCGCAGGUUCAUGUGGUGGGGACGGAGAUUGAGCGCUUAAAAUCCAGCAUCUCCAAUCUUAGAACGAGAAUGGAGGGUCAUGGCAUACAAUAUGUGCAGCAAGGUGAACGCAAACAUGCGAGAGCCUCGACGCCGAAACGAACUUAUGCCCAUUUCGAGGAGGAUCUUGUUGGGAGAGAAGAUGACAUCAAGGAGUUGGUAAAAGAGCUGUUGAAGGAUGGAAAACAGCGUAGAGUUAUUUCUAUAUGGGGAAUGGGCGGUUUGGGUAAAACCACACUUGCUAAAAAAGUCUACGCUCAUGACCAAGUGAAGAACAAUUUCGAUGGUUUGGCUUGGGCUUGCGUAUCUCAAGAAUACCAAGUGAGAAAUAUCUUGGUAGGAAUUCUUUUUAAGUUGAUCCCUGAUCAAAGAGAUGGGGUUAUGAAGAUGACAGAUGAUGAAUUGUUCGAAACUCUAUACAAAUUCCAACAAGAGAAGAGAUGCAUCGUGGUUCUUGACGACAUUUGGACCAAACAAGCAUGGGAUGAUCUUCGAGCCGCAUUCCCGGUCGAGAACACGAGAAGCAAGCUAUUGAUAACCACCCGCAAUAGAGAAGUAGCGGAAUAUAUCGAUCCUCAAGGUUUUCUCUAUGAACCUCGGUACUUAUCGAACCAGGAGAGCUGGGAGCUGCUGAUGAAGAGGGCGUUUCCUGAAACGAAAGCAACCAUUGACAACAUGAAAACAGUAGGAUAUGAUCUCCUUAAGAAGUGUGGAGGAUUACCCUUGGCUGUCAUCAUGCUUGGUGGACUUUUGGCAGUCAACAAGUGGGAGACGGUUCAGAGAAACAUCAGUUUACAUUUCGGCGACAAGAGUGAUGUAGCACAAGUGUUGGCAUUAAGCUAUGAUGAUUUACCAUGGCAUCUAAAGCCGUGCUUCCUCUAUUUGGGUAGCUUUCCGAUCGAUAAACCAAUCCCUGCAAAGAUGGUUCUUCCCAUGUGGAUUGCUGAAGGCUUUGUGUUGCCCAAUACAUACGACGGAGAGGGAGAAAUCUCAAUGGAAGAUGUAGCAAAGCAAUAUUUAAUGGAGUUGGUUAAAAGGGGGAUGGUUGAAGUAAAAUUCAGCUUAAGUGGAGAGAUCAAAACCUGCUGGCUCCACGAUCUAAUGCGAGAUUUGUGCAUUGUGAAGGCUAGGCAAGAGAGGUUUCUAAGAAUCAUUGACAUUCAACAGGAACGUAAAACGGAGGAUUGUUCUUCUUCGAUAGAAGUAGAAGUCGAGUUACCUUACAAAACACGAAGGCUUUCUCUCGAUAUCCGCGUGGGUGCUGAAGGAAGCACAAUUCCGAGAGUUGAAAAAAUAGGAGGGACUCUGGUCCACCUUCGGACUCUUAUAUUCUUCAACUCUGGGAAAUCUCUCAUAGGGACGUGGGAGCAAUUUCAACCUAUAUUUAUUAACUGUAAGCGUCUCAGAGUUGUAAAGCUGGAGGGUUUUCGUAAUAUGAGAGGAAAUUUACCUGAAUCGGUGGGAGAGCUAGUCCAUUUAAGAUACUUAAGCUUAGCAGGAAGUAUGCUCAAUGGCUUGCCGCAAUCCAUGGGGAACCUUGUUUGCAUGGAAUACUUGGACCUGCAAGGACUAGAAUUUUGGAAGAUAAUUGUGCCAAAUGUGCUGUGGAAGAUGAGAAGGCUGAGGCAUCUCCACCUUCCCAGCCUUUUUGCCGUCAGUGGCCAGAAGAAAUUGCAGUUGGACUCUUUGCAGGAUCUACGGACAUUAAGAAACUUUAAUCCAGAACAGUGCGAUGUGAACGAUUUAGGCAAACUGACCAAUCUCCAAAAGCUGACAGCCCCUCUCUUGCGCGGUGCCGACAAGUUGGCGAUAAUUCCACAGCUUGCUAAUUUCACUUUCAAACAUCUUCAAUCCUCGUCUUUUGAAUUCUGGGCCCCUUCAUUCACCGAAGGUGAAUUGAGUGAACUGUCAAGCUAUGGCCAUUCCUGCAAGCUGUUCAUUAAAGGAGGAAUAGAGAAGUUACCGGAACAUAAGAAUCUACCCCAGCAGCUAACAAAGCUGGUCUUGCUGGAUUCCCAACUCGAAGAAGAUCCGAUGCCAACACUGGAGAAAUUACAGCACUUGGUUGUUCUCCUAAUGGUUAAUGCCUUUGUGGGAAAGGAAAUGGCUUGCUCCGCAGGAGGCUUUCUUCAACUCAAGAACUUGCUCCUUCAAGGCCUGCCAAAUUUGGAGGCGUUGAGGGUCGCCAAAGGAGCCAUGCCUCAUCUUUCUCGAUUGGAAAUCGGCUACUGUUCCAAAUUGAAGAAGUCUGCACAUACGGCGGUUUUGGAGAUGUUUUCACAUCCCGGAAGCAUCGUCAAGUGGGAGGAGGAGACUGAAGAGAGCUGGGAGGAUCUUGGAGGUUCCCCAGGAGCAGAGAAAAUGAAGGCGAAGAGCAUGAGAAGAGAACUAGGCUUCGAACUAGGAGAGAUUCUCGGCGAGAUAACAGUAGGAGGAGGAGGAGAAGACGAGACAUUUGAUGAGUGGGCAAUGUAG